UCUCACCAUUCUCACUGCUCUCCGAUCCCCUUUUCUGUCCUCGUUGCCUCCGCCACUCCUCCCCCUCUCUUUUGCUACCUCCUUGCCUCCGCCGACCCUCCCCCUCUCCUCCACCUCCCUUCCCCUGUCUUCCGUCGCCCCUUCUCCUCUCCUCCUCUCUGCUCGGGGACGGCCAGAUCCGCCGCCGCGUGCUUAGGGACAGCCAGAUCCGCCGCCGCACGCUCGGGGGUAUCCGGAUCCGCCACCACAAGCACGGGGCAGCCCAUUUAACGACUACUGUGGCUCCCUCAACUCCCUCAACCACCGUGUGCUUGGGGGCGGCCGAAUCUACCACCGUGCACACGAGGACGGCCUACUCACAACAGCGGCUUCCUCAACUCCCUCAAUCGCCACAGGCACAGGGGUGGCUGCUCAACGACGACGGGAUGAUGGAGAGUUGCUUGAUGCAUCGGCUCGAAUCGAGCAACCUUUGUUUUGGAUUCGGGACUCUCAAAGAUGGUCAUCGAUCAUCAUUGGACACCAAUUAAGCAACAGCAAUGGCGUCGAGGAGCAUAUCAAGCUGCACAACUGAGACGGCAAAAGGCAUCCACAGGUUCGAGAUCUUCAGUUACAGCAUGAUGAACACCGAAGCCGAAGACGACUCCAUCCGGUCCGGCGUCUUCAACGUAGGAGGAUUCGAUUGGGCGUUGCUUUACUACCCUGACGGCAUCGACGACGACAGCAAGGGCUACAUCGGCGUCUACCUCGAGCUGAUCAGCAAGAACGGCGAGCCAUGGGCACUCGUCGACGUGAAUCUGAUCAACCAGCUGCAACCCGGGCAACCUCGUCAGCUGUUCACCAAGACCGAUGUGCCUACCCCGUUCAGAUCUUCAAGCUUUCAGGAGUCUACCUUGGGGUCUCUCAAGUGCAUGAAGAGGAGCGAUAUUGAGAGCACUCCAGGGUUCAUCGUCAAUGACUGCAUCGUGAUCGAAUGCAAUGUUACUGUCAUCUAUGAGCCAAAAGUGUCUAAAACCAGGGCAUUGUGUGACGCUGAAACUAGUUCGGCAUUGCGCGAGAUCGAGGUGCCUCCUAUGGAGAUAUCGUCGGAUUUCGCCAAGAUGUUGAAGGACGGUGUAGGAGCAGAUGUGACAUUCAGAGUUGGAGAAGACACAUUCCGUGCCCACAGGGCGGUGCUAGCUGCGAGGUCUCCAGUAUUUCAUGCUCAGCUCUGUGGACCGAUGAAGGAGAAGAAGGAGACACAAAUGCAGGAGAUAACCAUCCAAGACAUGCAGCCAUCUGUCUUCGAGGCUUUCCUCUAUUUCAUCUACACCGAUUGUGUUCCAAGAAUGGAUGAUCUUGGCAAUGGUGAGAAGAUGCAUUUGAUGAUGCAUUUGCUUAAGGCCGGUGACCGGUAUGGAUUGGAGAGGCUCAGGAUCAUGUGCGAGAGAUUUCUAGCUACGAACCUCGACACGGAGCAUGUAUCUGCGAUACUGGGUCUAGCUGACUUGCUAGAUCUCAAGAAGCUCAAGGAAGCUUGCAUGGAGUUCAUGGUCCCAUCUGAGAGAAUGGAUGCCGUGGCUGCAAGUCAAGGGUACCAGCAGCUGAAGAGAGCAUUUCCCUCUCUGGCGUUUGAAGUGUGGGAGAGGAGGAGCCGUGUUCGCAGGAAUUAAUUAACAUCUUCUUGAUUCAGAAGAUAUAUGUGCGCGAUGUCUGGAGAUUUCCUUUUUGGUUAUGUUUGUUUUGGUACAUUUGAUGAUCUGACGAAUGUUCUCUCAACAAUGUGAUGACUGAUACGGUGCACGCGUGGUUGCACCUUAAUGUAAUGUGGCUAUCUGGAUCAUGCAAAUGGUUUUACCUUUAGAUCGAGUUGUUUUUUAAACCUUA